CUCCGACAUGCUUGGGUGGUAUUCCCUUGCUGUGUAAGUGGUUUCUACUCAUCCUUCCAUCAAUGCUGCCACUACGGACAGUAUUUUGCUCCUCCCAUAGGUCAGUUUUCCCUAUUUUAGAAUCUUUCCAUCUUUUCGUCACUCAUACAAACCACUCUCCAAAUAUCAUAAAUAGACAAUGCUCUCUUCAGUCAAUUGUCCUGGUCAUAAAAUAGAGCCAGCUACGUUUUGUGCCAGUACCCGAAAAUGGUUACCAAGUGCUUCUUCGACUGUGUCUGGACUGGUCCCGAGGUCGGAAUAGGCCCCAAAAACGAUGUCACCAAGUUAGGCGAUGUGAAAAACCAGUUCGGUCGCAUCAUCUUCCUGCUCCUCGACGAAAUCGCCCUCAAGACGACCGAGAAUUUCCGUGUCCUAUGUACCGGCGAGAGAGGCUUUAGCUAUAGAGGAUCCAAAUUCGACCGCAUCAUUCCACAGUAUAUGCUCCAAGGAGGAGACAUCGCCCACUACGGUACCGGUGUCUACGGUCAGAAAUUCCCCGACGAUCAGUUUGGGUUACAGUUCAAUCAGCCCUUCCUCUUGUGCAUGAGCAACACUAGCCCCGGAACCAACAGCUCCCAGUUCAUCAUCACCACAACCGUCACUAGCGGGCUCAACAACAAGUACAUUAUGUUCGGUUAUAUUGCGUAUGGUGACGCUGAUUCAGUGAGGGUUAUCAGGGCUAUCGAAGCCUGCGGGAGCAACUCUGGGAGCAUCAAGUACAGCCACACACCGACGAUUACCAGUUGCGGCCAAAUCUAGUUGUUUCAGAGGGGUGCGUCCAUCAGCGGCUGGCUAGAGGGGGCAUGGUGACACAAGGCCCGGAAGUCGAAGGGGAUUCGCAACGAUUAGUGAAGGAGGAAAUAUCCUAGAUUUCAAAGUGCAAAUUGAUCAUGUUAUCGGUCUUCGAUAUUGUAUAUCUACUUUCGGCUCAUCUAAUCUUCACAGUCCUGGUUACUGACAACAAGUUUCAGGCAGAGCAUCCAAGACUUUUUCAGCAACAUAUCCAGAACACCAGAAAGCGAGCCGCUUGAAUCUAUGUUCCUUAUCUCAAAAUUCGACCAUGUACAAGCAAUCCUUACGUCUUAACUUUGUUUCCAGCGCGCCAACUCCGUGGUCUGAG